AUGUCUUGCUACGACCUGUGUUCCACCUCUGCCUGCGGCGUCAACCGCCCCCAGCCCCUCGCUGACAGCUGCAAUGAGCCGUGCGUCCGUCAGUGCCCUGACUCCACAACUGUGAUCCAGCCACCCCCUGUUGUCGUCACCUUCCCAGGCCCCAUCCUCAGCUCCUUCCCACAGGAUUCGGCUGUGGGAUCCUCUGGAGCACCCGUCCUUGGGGGCUACGGGGGCUACGGCUCCCGGGGCUACGGGGGCCUGUAUGGCUUUGGGGGCUAUGGCUCCCGGGGCUAUGGGGGUCUGUAUGGCUAUGGGGGCUAUGGCUCCCGGGGUUAUAGGGGUCUAUAUGGCUAUGGAGGCUACGGCUCCCUGGGCUGUGGGGGCCUGUAUGGCUGUGGAGGCUCUCUUGGUUACGGGGGUCUAUAUGACUAUGGUAGACCCUAUGGUUCUGGCUAUUGCAACCCUUACUCCUCCUGGUCCAACAGGUACAGCCAUGGCAGCUGCGGGCCCUGCUAA